AUGGGCAACGCGAACUCCGGACAAGGGCACUCUCGGCAUCAUAGCAAAAGCAGAAAAUCAAGGAGUCUACCCACCUCGCCUGAAGUAAGAAGGCAGGUGUCGGUGCUACAGACUUCGAUCCCGCUGCCAGCGUCGGCGGCGGCGGUACGUCGUGCCCCGCCAGACAAGCGACCCCUGCCCGCCACGCCGGGACAUGCGGGUAAAAGUGGUUUGUCAGCAAGCUCCAGUCGGUCGACCAGUCCUUUAGGACAAGGAGCAGUCAGCUUCAUACCUCGUGUACCAGCGUCAUCUUCCGGAUCACGACCGAAUUCAUCCUUACUAGUUCCUGGUAGUAAAAUUCCAUCACAAUUAUCACAACAACAACAGCAUUCGCAAGCUACCCAUCAUAAUGGAACACCUACAAAACAGUCCAUGUUAGAUAAAUUAAAACUAUUUAAUAAAGAUAAAGUUACCAAUGAGAAGCAAAGUACUAAAAGUACUGCUGUUUCAAAACGCACUAGUUCCUCAAGUGGCUUUUCUUCAGCAAAAAGUGAAAGAUCAGACUCUAGUCUCAGUCUAAAUGAGUCCUCCAAUACGACAAACACACAUAUCAAAUCUUCCAAUUUAAUAGGACCUAAAAGUAUAAGACAGCAAGCCGAUGUAUUAUCAAAAGACAAAUCUGGGAAAAUCGUUAAAUCAAAAUUAGUUAAUUCUAAAAACACAAAAGAUUCUUCUACAAAUUCAAAUAAAAGUAGUGUAAGAAGUAGCGGCAAUGAAAAAUCAAAUAAUAGCCCAAAAUUACCAGCGAGAGAUAAAGAAUCUAAAAUAGCUGCGCCCAAAUCUAUUAGUAACACGAAAUUAAACAUAAUCGAAGAUCAUACAAGAAGUCCUAAAACUAAAAUAGAGACAAAAAUGGUUAAAUUGUCAGGAAGUCAAAUGAAGCUCUCUGAAUCACGAUCGGAAAAUACUUCAGAAAUCAAAACUCAUGAGAAUGGGACAGUUCAGUCGAAAAAUGUAGUAAACCAACCACAAUCACCAACAGGACAAAGCUCUGCAGGUCAAAAUCACACAGGGAUUCCAAAACCAACAGCUGCUGUUAAAGGUACUUCAAAAAUAUCAAAAGACGAUAGGCAUAUUAUUCAUAAAAGUACUAAUAGUCAAUUAAGUCCAAUACAAAGUAAUUCGAGUUUAAAUUCUACAAAUACAGUUAGUGUACAUCCAUUUACAAGAGAACAAUCUAAUUUAAGUAAAGAUAUAUCUCAAAAACAAACAUUAGCCGUUUCACCCAUGCCUAAUAUUAAUGUAGGUACACAAAAUUCUUCUCAAAUGUCUGAAAGCUCCCAUUCAAAUUCUACUCACAGUACUACAGGACAACAAUCCAAUUCAAGUGACGGUAGUGUCAUUUAUCGUCCUUCUAGCGAAUCUGGAUCAGAAAUUUCUAGAACAAAUAACAUGACGCCUAGUAAACGCAUGGACAUGAAUGCUACUUAUAUUAACGAUGUCAUAAAUGAAGCGGAAAUAUCGGAAAAAGAAGCUGCUCAGAAGCGUCAUGAUAGUUCAGGCCAUAAACAAUUCUUUGAUCAUAAUAAAACUUUGACAGAAUUCAAUAAGAAACAAGAAACAGACAGCCGAUCUAGUACUCCGUCCCACUGUCGUGAUAAUUCACUUGGUGAAGAUGAAAAUCCACUAAUGAACGUGUUGCCUAUGAGACCGCUUCUACGUGGCUAUAAUAGUCACUUAACUCUACCUAUGCGUACCUCUGGUUUGGCACAAAAAAAUAUACCAGGAUAUCCCCAUCAUGCUAAUACUGUGAAAGCUAAUUUUGGAAGAGAUAAUAUUGGAUUAAGAGAACGAAUAAAUUACGCUCCUGGUUUUUCUAACCCCGAUUACUGUGAUCUUGAUAUUGCUUCUGGAUAUAUGUCUGACGGGGACUGCUUGAGGAGAAUAAACGUAAACGAAAUGGAUGGUGCGAGAAAUAAUGACAUGAUGGACGGAUACAUGUCUGAAGGAGGUGCUUCACUGUAUGGACGUCGCAUAAAUUAUCAACAAACUUCGCAGUUUCAGCAACUCGAUGAGAGACGAAACGGUCGUAACAGAGGAAUGGAGGGCGGUAGCGGCGUUGUAUACAGAGUUGUUGGACGCACGCGCAGCAAGGCAGACUGUGGACAGCAAACGGAACGCCAGCCUCCGACUCCGCGUCAAGACACCACUUGGAAGAAAUAUACCGAUUCGCCCGGAGUAGGUGCCCCACCCUUGAAUCAACCUGCUCCAGCUCCACCGAGUCCAUCGCACGGACGCAAAAGCGACCGACGAACGGGACACCAUUCGCCGCAACAUCACAAACGUGAAAAACUCACCGCCGCCCAGCAACUUGGUAUCGCACCUCACCCUCAGUAUGCGGCAUCAAAUUCUUCCAGUCAACAUUCAUCGAGGGGUGGUGGAGCUCAGUUGCAGUCACCAAGUGGCGCCUCGUCUCGUCCUUCAAGCGUGUCUAGCGGUGGGAACGGAAGCAAUUGUUCAUCGAGCAAAGCGAAAGCGCCUCAAAGCUUUGGUUACGUGAAAAGACAAAAUGGCGCGCAGCCACCGCCUCCGCCAGCUAAUGGUCCUCCGCAACAUGGACAUGGUGGAAGAACUGCUCAAGUAUCUGCUGUUCCGAGAACGAAAGUCAAAGUAUCGGGUGGAACGCAAACAUGCACACAAGAUCUACAAAUACAUAAAAACGGCAUUGGACCUAAAUCGUAUUCACUGGGCGGGACAGCAGCCGCGCAGCUUUCAGCAUCGGUACGGGAACGACUCCUUGGUUCACAAUCUUUACCGAAGCCAGGAACCCAUGAAUUCGCCGCUUUGUUCCAUCAUCAUAGAGUUACUCCAAGAGGUGGCAUGAAGAUCAGUGAUGGAAGUCUAUCUGAUACACAAACUUACUCCGAAGUCAAAUCAGAUUAUGGCAUACCAUAUGCGCCCUGGCUAAGACACAGCAACACAUAUUCGGCAAGUGGGCGCCUGUCUGAGGGCGAAUCGAUGGAGUCGCUCACUUCGCUGCACUCGGCGCAGGCGCACAACCAUACCUCAUCCCCUAACUCACACCACCGCAGCUCACUUACACACAAUAAGCUCAUCAUGCACCGAGAGGCUCAAGGCUCAAGGCUUAACAGGAGCAACAGCAUUAGCUAUCUCAGAGAUAGGACAUUUCCAAGAUCAACUAAGUCGGAGAAAUUAUACCCAUCAAUGCUUCAGAGAUCUUCGGAGAGUGACUAUGAACCCUAUUACUGUUUACCAGUGCAAUAUGGACCAGGAGGACAAGGUCUAAACUAUGGUGUCUCGGAGCCACCAUCGCCAUCUCCAAGAUCAGCUUUGAGUCCCACACACCAACCCGGCAACGUCAUGCAUACUCCCAGACAUUCCCAUCACUAUCCGAAGAAAAACGACGAAGUACAUGGUUCAACAGCAUCGCUUGUGUCAACGGCCUCAUCACUAGCCGCCGGUGCGGGCUCCGAAGAACGACAAGCUCAUGAGGUGCGCAAAUUAAGAAGAGAACUGGCCGACGCUAAGGAAAAAGUUCAUACACUGACAACUCAACUUACUACAAAUGCCCACGUGGUGUCUGCGUUCGAGCAAAGCCUUUCAAAUAUGACACAGCGUCUGCAGCAGUUGACCGCCACCGCUGAGAGAAAGGAUUCGGAGCUAACGGAACUUCGUCAAACGAUCGAGCUACUCCGAAAGCAGUCAAUCCAGGCCGGGCUCACAACGGCGCAUAUGCAGUCUAUGGGAAUCCGAGCAGAUGGAGUCAAUAUUACAGGACAGGAGCCCAGUAAUGCACAGACGCAGCAAUCGUCACCGCAGCGUACCGCACAAACUGGUAACGGGGCGAUAACGCGUCACCUCUCAACCGACAGCGUGUCCAGUAUUAACAGUCUCAGCAGUGGAUCAUCAGUGGCACAUGAUAAAAAACACAAGAAAAAAGGAUGGUUGCGGUCAUCAUUCACAAAGGCCUUCUCAAGAAACGCAAAAAUAUCAAAGACGGCCAAGCACUCGUCCCUUGGACAACUGUCGUCACAGGAUAGCUCGUCGGGGUCACAUCAUUAUGAUGACCCACAUACCAUUCGUGAAGGGAGUAACGAGAAUAGUCUAGAACAUUCACACGAAGCACUUCCAGACACGAAAGACAAAACAGCAUGUCCGCAAUCUAAGACUGAUGAACAAGCCAAAGAUAAACCUGACGAUUCCGGACUAGUCGAUGAACUAAAAAGGCAGCUAAGGGAAAAAGAUUUAGUUCUCACUGAUAUUAGACUGGAAGCUCUCAGCUCCGCUCACCAACUUGAAAGCCUUAAGGAUACCGUUAUCAAAAUGAGGAACGAGAUGCUAAACCUGAAGCAGAACAACGAGAGACUGCAGCGGCUGGUGACGUCACGCUCGCUGGCCGGCAGCCAGAGCUCGCUGCCCGCUUCCGAUGACCCGCGCCGAUUUAGCCUCGUGGACCAACCCGCACUGCACCAAGCGACAAUGGAUAUGCAUUCUCAACCUCUCGACCUAGACUUCAACUGCACGCUCACGUCGACUCAAACGAUGGACUUCUCAAAGACGGGCUCGCCAAAAUCAAGCAUAGGGGAGCCCAUAUACGGGAACAAGGCUGUAUGCGAAUUAAACGAAAACAGCGAGGCGAUUUUAAGCGCUUUGAACGGAUCCAGUGAUAUGUUUACUAACGGACUUAAUCCCGGUGAAAGAUUAAGCGGUGAUUACGACAUCAAUACGGUGCUACCACCGCCCAAAAGCAGAGAGUUAGCUAUUGGCGAGAGCUAUUCUGAUAUUGGUGUAGCUGACAGCCAGGGCGACACGACGGACGGAAAGAAAAUAGCUAUUGCGGUGUACUUGGGCCAGCCAGAAACAUUCCAGAGAUAUUUUGAAGAGGUCCAAGACACGCUUACGGAGUCCGAGUGUAGAUUUUACGCGAAACAAUCGGCGGCCGCGUUUAACAACUUCGAAAAGCAACCGAGCUACGACUCGCCGCGGAUCUCACAGAACCACAGCCCUGAGACAGAGACGCAAGACUACCCGCAGUCAAUAAACAAAUCGAACACGAAUAGCCUAAAGAGUAACAAAUCGACGCACAGUAAUUCGUUUAAAAAUGUAUAUAAUGGCGACUCGACAAUAAACUGCAACGAAUUCACUAUAGCGUACACUUAUAUAUCCGGGAAGACGACGUGGCAGAACUUAGACUAUAUAGUAAGGAAGACGUUCAAGGACUAUCUAUCGAGGAUAGAUCCGGGCACGAAUCUUGGUUUGAAUACGGACUCCAUAACGUCUUACCAUUUGGGCGAGGCUACCAGAGGACCAGAGAUUGGUUUUCCGGAGUUAUUGCCUUGUGGUUAUAUUGUUGGCACUGUAAAUACGUUAUACAUUUGCUUGCAAGGAGUUGGAAGCCUGGCUUUCGAUAGUCUUAUACCAAAAAAUAUUGUAUAUAGGUACGUUUCGUUGUUAUCUGAACACCGGCGAGUGAUACUUUGCGGGCCAAGUGGCACGGGAAAGUCGUAUUUAGCGGCGAAACUAGCGGAAUUCUACGUUCAACGUACGCAACGAAGGGGGAAUCCCGCUGAAGCCGUCGCUACGUUUAAUGUGGACCGCAAGUCGUGCAACGAGCUGCGCGCAUAUCUCGCGAACAUCGCGGAGCAGUGCAGCGCGGCGGCCGCGGGCGAAGAGGCGGCACUUCCCUCCGUCGUUGUACUCGACAACUUGCAGCACGCCUCGGCGCUGGGAGACGCCUUCGCCGGCCUACUGCCGCCCGACAACAGGAACAUGCCCGUUAUUAUUGGAACAAUGUCACAAGCUACUUGCAACACCACAAACCUUCAGCUGCACCAUAAUUUCCGAUGGCUCCUUACCGCAAAUCACAUGGAACCAGUGAAAGGAUUCUUAGCACGAUACUUGCGACGGAAAUUGUUCUCGCUGGAACUUCGGUUAGGACGUCGUGAGCCAGCUUUAGCAGCGGUGUUGGAAUGGUUGCCAGGCGUGUGGGCGACGCUCAACGCCUUCCUAGAAGCGCAUUCCUCCAGUGACGUCACCGUCGGCCCGCGGCUGUUCCUCGCAUGCCCUAUGGACUUGGAAGCUAGUCAGGCUUGGUUCGCGGACGUGUGGAACUACAGCGUGGUGCCGUACGCGUCGGAGGCGGUGCGCGAGGGCGUGGCGCUGUACGGCCGCAGGCGCCACGCCGCCGUCGACCCCCUGCACCACGUCAAGUCCUCCUACCCCUGGAGGGAACCCAACCAUUCUCACACGCUAAGAGCGAUCACAGUUGAAGAAAUGAGCAUCGAAGAAGCAAAUCAAGAAGCGAAUAGAAACAACAAUCAAGAUCCAUUGUUGAACAUGUUGAUGAGACUACAAGAGGCGGCUAACUACAGCGGAAACCAAAGUCAAGAUUCGGAUAACGCUAGCAUGGAUUCGAAUCUCACACACGACAGCUCUAUGGGCAACGAGCUUUAA